UAAAUAUCUAAUAAUAACAUUAUUUUUGUCUUAAUCGUGAGCAUUUAUAUAAUAAGAUAAUGAAAUUUCAACCGUCCAAUUUGAAUUUGAUGGUUGAGAUCUUACCAUUUUUUUUUUUUUUGGAAUUAAGAUCAUACCAUUUUUAUUCUCUCUUUCUAUAUAUACUCUUCCUAACUUUGAUUGCCUUUCAGUUCUCAUUUGAUUGGGUUCAAAAGAAGAAGAAAAGAUGGGCCGUGGAGUUAGCGCCGGCGGUGGACAGAGUUCGUUAGGUUACCUAUUUGGUAACGGCGAGAGUGCUAACAAUGAUAAGGCUGCUAAAAGCCCUUCUUCUCAGAAACCUAUUGUUGGUUCACAACCGAUAGAUAAGCAAAUUCCGGCAGGCAUCCAUGGAAAUCUUACCAAUAAUUACUAUCGAGCAGAUGGGCAGAACUGUGGUAAUUUUAUUACGGAUCGACCGUCCACUAAAGUGCAUGCUGCCCCAGGGGGUGGAUCUUCUCUUGGUUACCUAUUUGGUGGGAAUGGGAACUAAUCCAUCUAUAUUCCUUUAUAAUGUAUAAUUUGUCUAGUUUCUAGGAAGCUCAAUUUCUAUCUUGGAAAUUCUUGUCUAAUCUCAAUGUUUAUGAAAACCUAUAGUUUGAUUUAGUUCAGUUUGAAAGAUUUGUAUAAACAAAAUUAAUAAUGAUGAUAUGUAAAAAAUAAUGCCUCAGUCCCAUUUUGUUUACU